AUGUACUACACCACGAUGCCCAUGGAUAUUAUACUAUCAAACAGCGCACGCUUGGAUUUGAUCCGUGCCUGCUAUCUCAUCUACUCAUUUGUCAUCAACCAAAAUCGUGGUCAACGUUCCCAGCGGUACACGAUCACCUUCUACAAGAAUCAUCUUCCAACCAUGGAACUUUUCACCUCAAUCAACCCUAUGUGCACUCCCAUCUACUCCCAAUACGGUCUUUUGCAAAAACAAGCCAUUCACCCAACUAAUUCCUCAACCCUUAAAACCCUUGAACCCCUCCUCGAGUCACUUUCCACAACAUCAAAGAUCACCGCACCCCCGGAGCUCCUUCACGCAUUGAACUCCAAUGCACUCGGAGUGUUACAGCAAACCCGUAGGUUACCUACUUACUCCAUUUCAAUCCGUUUCUAA